AUGACUUCUUCGAAAUGUUCGAUCGAUGGGUGCAAACGUAACUUUGAUACUGUAUGUGAUCAUUGCCAAGGUCAAGUCUGCACCAAACACUAUAUUGAACAUAUUAAACUAUCAAACGCUGAACUUACAUCUCUUUCCGAUGAAUUAAAUUUAAUUAUUAAUACAAUCCAACAACGUGAUCUUACUCAUCAUGUUUUCGAGCAAAUUGAACAAUGGCGCGAGGAAAGUCAUCAAUGUAUUGAUGAAUUGUGUGAAGAGAAAAAAAGACAGUUGAAGUUCGAAAUUAGCCAGAAGAUAGAUAAUCAAAUAAAGAAACUUCAUGAAUUAGGCCAAGAAGUAAACGAAUUGAUUGAUGAAGGUGAUGCUUCGUUCAAACAAAUCGAAAAUAUCAAGAAAAAUAUCGAAGCAUGUCGAAAACAAUGUAAACAAAUUGAAACAGAUGAUUACUUUCGAUUGGAUGUAAAAGCAAUUAAAUUAGAGGCCACUCUCGUCCCGCAUGAAUUAUUUACAGGUGAUGAUACAUUAUUAUCAAUUGAACACCAAGUGAAAUUAAAUGAAUUCUAUGGUAAAGAAGGACAAAGUUGGAUGUUGAUUUACAAAGCAAUACGAGAUGGCUUUUCUAGUGCUGAUUUUCAUCGAUGCUGUGAUAAUCAAGGUCCUACAAUAACAGUUAUUCAAUCAACAGCGGGUGGUUAUCUAUUUGGUGGAUACACAUCUGUUUCUUGGAACUCGAGGCAAAGUUAUGUUCAUGACAACAAUGGCCCAUUUCUGUUCACCAUAACUAAUCCACAUGGCAUUCCUCCAACUAAGUAUUCUGUCACAAUUCCAGAGUAUUCUAUCUAUGAUCACCCUAACUGUGGUCCAACAUUCGGUGGUGGCUACGACUUAUAUAUUACUAGUCAUAGUCAAACAAACGUAAACACCUGUAAUUUUCCUCAUUCAUACAAUGAUACAACAAAACAAGGUGCAAUAACUUUCACCGGUAAUAAAAACUUUCAAAUAAAUGACAUUGAAGUCUAUCGAUUGGUGCAAACAUAA